AUGCUUCCACUAUUGAAGCUUGGAACGCUCGCUUUGAAAACCCUGAGUAAACCAGUUGCAAGUAGACUCAAACAACAAGCUGCUAUUCAUCCUAGAUUCCGUCAACUCAUCGUUGAUAUGGCUCAGUCUAAUCAUCAAAUCACAACAAAGAUGCAAAGACGUAUAUAUGGCCAUGCAACGGAUGUUGAAAUUCGCCCUUUGAAUGAGGAAAAAGCUGUUCAAGCUGCUGUAGACCUUAUCGGAGAACUCUUUGUCUUCUCGGUUGCAGGUCUUCUCUUGAUCUUUGAGGUACAAAGAAGUGCUAGAUCUGAAGCACGGAAGGAGGAGCAACGAAGAAAAGAUCUAGAGGCUAUGAAGCAAAGAAAUGAUGAAUUGGCAGAAGAAGUAGAACUUCUUAAGCAUAGAUUUGAAGAACUGGAACAGCUUGCUCGGGGACGUGGACUCACUGGCAUUCUAAAUUUCAAAAACAUCAUCAGUAGCAAGGAAAACGGAAAGACAGAGAAAACGGCUUGA